AUGAAUAAUUUAUCAUCAUUUAUAUUAUUAUUUCUACUAAUUUUAUUAUUUUGUUUCAAAUCACUUGAAAUUAGUGAGAAUAAUUUUAUUGAUUCUUUAAAUAUAGAGAAUGCUUCAAUAGCAGUUACUUUUAAUAAUAAAGAAGAUAAACAUAGUAUAGAAAAAAGACAAGUUAAUAGAAAUAGACGUCAAAGAAGAGCAAGAAGAAUUAGAAGACAACUUACUGCUGCUUUAACUUCUAUAAGUGCACAAAUAACAGCAUUAAAUCAACAAUUAAGUAGUCUUCAAGCUCAAGUAUCAAAUUUGGCAACUACAACAACUCCUCCUGCAGCAGGAGCGGGAGGAGGUUAA